CCGUGAAGGCGUCGAUCACUCAGUUUUAUGUUAACGUGACAUUUUACAGUCAAUUAACUUACAUUUUAGGCUUAAAAAGAACUAUAUUUGACCCUUUACGGUUUCAACACAACUUCAAACCAUUUUUCCUCGCAUUUUGUAACAGGAGAUGUCGUGGCAUAAACCAAAAACUGUGUGGCCAGACAUCAAAACAAUGCGAAGUCGCAUCCUCAAUCUUAAGGAGGAGUGGACAAUCGUUUCCUCAACGCAGCCAGAGGUCGACGUGGAGACGGUUGCAGAAGAAGCGCAACAGCCGGACCCGGUUCAGUUAACGCAGACCAAUAAGGAGCUUUCAGAGGGCGAGAGAAUGAGUAAGAUGAAAGAACACUUUGAGAACUGGCUGCUGAUUGGUCCGGAUAACCUGGUGAUACUCAAGCAAGAGCUGGAUGACACGCGCCGGGAUCUGGCCAAGGCCAAAAUUAGGUGCAAGGAAAAGACCAAAGAGGCUGAUGAACUCAAGCAGCAGCUUCAGCGUUGCUCUGAAGAGAAAGCAAAGAUGAUGGAGGAGAUAAAAGAGCUCCACCGCGAACUAGAUGAGGAGAAGUGCCGCAAUGCCGACUCGGAACUGCAGUCCUCCCAGUUACAGAGCUUGAUGGUAAAGCGUCACAACGCCAGCCUGGAUGAGAUCAGCGACCUGGAGCAACAGGUGCAUCAUUUCUCUUUGGAGCUUCAGGAUGAAAUGGAGAACUCUUCAUAUUUGAAGACACAGCUGCUUAGAGUUCUCAAUAAGCUGCAAAGAAGCGCCCAACAACUUUCAAAGAGAAAGCAGCAAAACGACGACAAGGAGGAAGAAGAGGAGCAGUCCAUCUACGAAGAAAUGAGACCCCUUUGGAAUUCGGACAGAAGCUCCCUGGGUUGCCCCGUUUGUCAGAUCCGCUGUCCCGUCAGUCAGUACCGGCAGAUGAUAGACCAUCUGGAAGUCUGCCUGAACUGAGCUUUCUUCUCAUCGUGAGAGUUUCUCCACUUGUUGUAAUUCAACAACUUCCCUUUUGUUCUUGUGGCGUACUUUGAUGACCUUUUCAAAAAUGAAAUGAUCAACUUUGACACGUUUCUGUCGACGUUUCUCCGAUCAGAUCAACUGAAAACAGCUCGUCUUCGUUAAUCUGUUUUGUUGACUAAGGGCAUUUGAACUGGGAUCAAAUAAUAGCUGUGAGCCCUCGCGGUUCCAAUGGAUCGACGAGUUUGUGUGGGGGGGAAAGACGCGUUAGCUUGUUGCACUGUUUUAUAUAGUUGAAUUGAGUUGUGUCGUUAUCCUUUUAUGAGGAAAAGGGUGUUCAAAAAGUCA